CUUCUAUCAACAGUGCUGCGACAAUCGCCUAGCCAUCAUUUGCACUGCUCCGGAUUUCUUUACCAAAAAUAUAAUGCCAGACCCUUCUUCCACCCUUCCGCUCGAACUUGUCCAGAAGAUAUUUGGCCAUUAUCUCAAAGACCGCAAAUACCCCGUGCAGUCUUUUGAUUUUUCCGAUGGGCUGUGGGUCCUUGGCCAAGUCAGCAGCGCUUGGAGAAGUGCAUCCUUGUCGUCAAAAUCGUUGUGGUCCACCAUAGAAAUCACGAUUAAACAUCCUUCCUCUAAAAAACCUGGUAUCAUCGCGGAUGAUAUAAUGGUUUUGAUGAACUUAGCACCAUUGUCCGAUGCGUGCCCGAAUCCAGAGGUUCGUGCUGUGUCAAGCCAUGCGGCGAACCAGGUUCUCGCUGAAAUCCUCCAUCGCUCUGGAGAUCUCCCCCUGGACAUUUUCCUAUCAUUCCCAAUUCCCUCUGCAGUAAAUCCAACUUCCCCUACUUGGAGCCGUCUUUUCACUCUGCUCUUGGUAGAAUCGUCACGUUGGCGAUCGUUUGUUUUGGCGGCGCCUGAUGUCAUAUGGGAGAGUUUCAGUGAGGUGUCUCCUUCUCACUGCCCACUCCUACGCGAUAUAGAUGCUUUCUGUGAGGGAGGAUUCUCCUCCAUCCCCAUUCUCCGCACUUGCACCAAUGUCAAGAAACUGAGCAUCCACUCCUUAAAACGCAGCAGCAGCAUUUCUGAAAGCACUGUAAUCCAUAUGCCAUUUCUACAGGACCUUGAAGUUGGCGGUGUAGAUAUGCUCAAUGUCAUAACUGCACCGAACAUCAGUACACUGAGGUUAACGGGAAGCGCAUAUCCACAAGCACUACCCAAUACCUCGGUCCCUGACUUCCUUCAUCGUUCGAGAUGCUCCCUCGUUGCGCUGGACUUGACCUUCUGCACAAACAUUGACCUCAUCGAUAUCCUAUCUAAUAUCCAAUCACUUCAUUCUUUCUCCGUCUCAGUCUUCUUCGGGGAAGAACUGUCUGGAUUACUUGUGAAGAUGAAGUCCGACUCGUCUUUCCUGCCAAAGCUGCAGGAACUGAACCUAAGUAUCGAUCAAUUUCGAACCGGCGUCGAAAGUAACUGCUAUGCGGAAUUGAUUCUUGACGUGGUUGAGUCUAGGAUUGCUGGCGGAGCAUUGAAAAGUGUCACUGUAGAGCCUAUGAAUGUCGAGAUGAAAAAGAUUUCCAAGUCGCGACUGGACGCCCUCAAUGCUCUUCCAAAUGUCAAUAUCAAGUUGAUGGAUGGUUUGAUAUAACAUUGUCGUAGGGACGGUUUUCAGUACUAAUCGUCGCUAAAACUUCUUGGAUCUUGCCAAAUACGAACGGUGUUGAAGUACA